GAAAUGACCAUGAAGAAAUUCACUUUCAUUCUUACUUCCCGAGCGAAAGGUUGUCUAAUCGCAAGGUUGCAGUAUGGUUUGUGCUCCGACGUGUGUUCGUAAACGAACGCUAGACUUUAGCUGCAAAUAUCGGAACCUGGAUAAAUUUUCAACGGAUGUGGAACACUUUUUGGAAGAGUACGAUCGCGUUGUGCAACAUUCGGUAGCGUACCACAGAAGCUUUCGGCGCCAUCUGAACCACCUGUACGACGAUGUAAUGAAGUUAUUAGAGAAAUUCCAACACAUUCGAUCUGGUGGUACGAAAGGACAACUGUUCAUGGAGAAGUUUUGCUGUGGAGUUUUGUUUGAUGACUGUGAGGAGCUUAAAAGACACUACUUUGAAUUUCACAACUUUGCACGACUUGUUCAUCCAAGCAUAGUGGAGCUUCGUUCGGGACACGGUAAGCUUCAAUACUUUCAUCGUCGAGUGCAGGAGUAUCUGUACUUUGCCACAGAAUCUACUGCUGUUUUAGUGAUGAAUUUGAAAAAAAUUGCAACCAACUUGUACACGACAUUGGAACGUGGUCCCAAGUGGUAGAUGGGAUGAUUCUCGCAGUACAGCAGGAGACGGGCGAUAACCUUAUUUUUAGUCGAAGAAUAAAUAAACCGUGACGAUUCAGUUUUGCGCAGCA